AUGUCCUCUAACCCUGCUCGACCCCCACUCGACGGUUCAAUCCCCGUCCUUCCGGGAUUCAUCGACUUUCAUGCCCAGAACAAUCCUGAACGGCCGUGGGCCCUCCUUUCUGCUGGACCUGGCCUACCAGUCGAGGCCAUUUCGUUCGCGGAGUUUUCUCGUGCCGCCGACAGAGUCGCACAUAAGCUGAGGCCGAACAGAUCAGGUCCCGACAAUGAGGUCGUUGCGAUUUUCGUGAAUUGCGACGCGACACUGUAUCUCGCCUUGUUGGCAGGAAUGAUGAGAGCAGGCAUCGUGCCGUUCCCCAUGUCUCCCAGAAACCCUGCGCCGGCGAUAGUCGACAUGCUCAAGCGCACGUCAUGCCACAGGAUUGUGUGCCAGCCCAGUAUGCAUUCUAUGCUCCCCGAUGUUCAAUUUGAGCUCGAGAACGAGAAUUACACGCUCCAAAUCGACUCCCUUCCCGAGCUUGAGGAGAUCUUCCCAGCCUUACGCGGAGCAAGCUCCACAGAUCUGUGCGAACCCUACCCUCCUAGUAACAGGCCUUUCUCGAUGGACGACAACUUCUUUUAUCUUCACUCAUCUGGUUCGACUGGCUUUCCAAAGCCGAUUCCUCAACGCCAGGCCGAUAUCCUCCAUACAUGCCACGCUCCGAUUAUUACUGACUCCAUGAGCCGUGCGGUUAUUUGGGGAGGGAUGGCACUACCCACGUUUCACCUUAUGGGCAUAUGCGUACAGUUGUACUACCCUCUGGUGAGCGGGCUUCCGGUAUGUCUGUUCGCUCCCAGAGCGCCUGCGUCACCUGUGGUUCCUACCCCGCGCAACACCAUUGAAGCGGCCAUGGCCGCCGGCUGUACGGGAAUCUUGACGAUCCCUGCGUUCGUCGAGGCGUGGGCGAGAUUGAAGGACGACGUCGAAUACCUGAAGACAAUGAAGAUAGUCGUUUUCGGUGGAGGGCCGUUGCCAUCCAAGACCGGCGACGAGCUCACAGCGGAAGGCGUCAAUUUGUACCCUUGGUACGGAGGCACCGAAUUCGGACCGCACACGAAAAUCUUCGACAAGGGUGAUUCUUCCAAUCCCGCCUCAGACGCUAAGACGAGAGCGGACUGGGAAUGGCUGUCGUUCUCUGACCGUGUGACGUGCAGAUGGGUCCCUGAGGGGGACGGGACAUUUGAGCUGCAGUUUCUGACAUGUGUGACGCACCGCCCUAAUGUGGAGAAUCUGGAGGACACGAGGGGGUACGCGACAAACGACCUAUGGAAACCGCAUCCAUCGAAGAAGAAUUUAUGGCGCAUAAUUGGUCGCAAGGAUGAUGUUAUUGUCCUCGGUCUGGGAGAGAAAGUCGUGCCGAUCCCGCAAGAAGGACUAAUAGGCUCGUCGCGUAUGGUCCAAGGAGCUGUCAUGUUUGGUCGGGGCAAGAGCCAGUGUGGUAUUCUCGUCGAACCGAAGAAAGGUCAUGCUGUCAGUAGGAAUGGCGUGAACGCGUUACCGGAAUUCAGAAACAAGCUUUGGCCUGUUGUUGAAGAAGCGAAUCGCACGGCUCCAGCAUUCGCGAAGAUUUUCAAGGAGAUGAUUAUUGUCACAGAGCGCGGCAGGCCCUUACCUCGUACCGCCAAGGGGACGGUUAUCCGGAAGCAAGCGCUGAAAGCUUACGAGAAUGAGAUCAAUAGCUUCAUCCGCUCACCGUCCUCGUGGACUGUUCCAGACAUACAGACCUGGCUCCAAGAACACGCUUCUGUUCUUGUCAAUCGCCGAGAUGUAAUCUCACCGUCUCAAGCGCUGUUUGACCAGGGGUUCGACAGCUUGCAUGCCACAUUCCUCCGGACCCGGAUUAUCAACGCCCUCCGUACCGACCCUCAGACUAAUAUAUUCGCCCUGCACGUAUCGCAGAACUUUGUGUUCGAGCACCCGACGCUCCACGACCUCGCCAUCGCCAUCAGCAUCCUCGUAGAAGGGGACAUUCAGGAAGAGGUGAAGAAUUCAUAGGUUUAGUCAAGCAACGUAGAUCGUCCUGAGUACCUAGUCAAAGAUUGAAUAUAACAUGGUCGGAACACAUCUCGA